CUACCUGUCCUCCAGAUGCCGCCUCGUCCUCUCGUCCCGCCCACAGUCUCCCGGCGACUUCGCACGUCGCCUCGCCGCACGUCGCCCCGAGCCGCCUCACGUCGUUCCGUUUGCACGUCUUUCCGCCCCGCGUUUCCCCGCCCCACGUCUCACUGCCAACCUCAGCCCGCCUCGCGUCACCCGGUAGGCCGUCGCUCGGCUGAGAUGUGGGCGGCUCUCGGCGGGGCCGGGGGUCUCCAUGUGGGGCUCCUUCUGGGCGGCGCUCGAGGCCUGCACAGCUCGCCUGUCUCCUGCGGCAAGAAUCUACUCAAGAAAUUUGCUUCGAAAACCAAGAAGAAGUUUUGGUAUGAAGGUCCUUCCUUGGGCUCUCACUUGACUCACAAGCCGUCUCAGUUGGCAUCCCUGACAAAGAGCACCUCCAAGAGAGCCAGGAGGGAAGACCACGUGCGCCUGAGGGCCCUGAACGGCCUCCUCUACAAAGCGCUGACUGAGUUGCUGUGCACCCCGGAAGUGAGCCAGGAGCUCUGCGACUUGAAUGUGGAGCUCUCCAAGGUCUCUCUGACUUCAGACUUCUCCACCUGCCGCGUGUACUGGAGGACGACUGUCUCUGAGGCUCAGAACGCAAACGUGGGGGCCGUCCUGCAGAGGAGCGCUGCGCACAUGAGGCACCUUUUGAUGUCCCAGCAGACCCUGAGGAACAUGCCGCCAAUAGUGUUUGUUCAGGACAAAAGAAAUGCAGCUGCAGCGGAGGUUGAUCGGUUACUGGCAAUCGCUGAUUUUGGGCCCCCGGAUGAAAAAGACUUUGAGCAAAAUGAUUUCAGCGCCCCCGAGGCCCUGGACACUACAUCGCCACGUGGUACCCUGGGCCCUGCCGCACCAUCAAGUCUGUGUGGGAUCGACCACGAAGCUCUCAACAAGCAGAUCCUGGAGUACAAAAGGAGGAGAGAGAAAGGGUGUGGGGGCACGGGCCCAGCGUGGCUGGAGCCCACGGCUGAGCUGAUGAGGAAGAGGAAGGCCGGGCCCUGCGUGGACGACGACCUCCCGCCCAAGGACUGCCUGUGGGAGACGGGGAGUGACGGGCCCCUGGACGGCGGGGCCCUUCCCGAGGAGCACACCCCAGGACGCAAGGGGGCUCCAGGGGCAGAGCGGGAACCAGAGGCAGAGAGAAAGGAUCGCAGGUCCUGACCCGCUCCCAUGAGCACACAGAGACUCGUGCUGCUGGUGCCCCCCGGGAUGCCCUCAUGCAGGUGCAGGCUGAGCUGUGCGGGUGUCACCUCUGAGCCCUUUAGGCCUAUUGCUGUGCUGCAGUGAGAGAUGGGGCGAGGCUGUGGAGAGGGUGUGAAAUCUCUUAAGUCAAUGGCGUGCGGUCUGCCAUCCAUAUUUGGGGUCCCAGGCUUGCAUGUUUGCUUGCUCACUAGAGUUUGUCCACGGCCCCCCAGAUCCAUACUUGUGGCACUUUCAUGGUCGUUCUCGGACACGCACAGACCAGUGGGAUGCACAUGUGGCCUGUGGUCACACCAGGCACUGCUCUGUCUGCUUUGUUCAUCUUGGGCUGUGAAUAGCCACCCUCUCUGAUCGGGUUAGCGCCACGUUAGUGCCUUCUGACAGAUUUCACUCAUGGUGCCUAAGUGCAAGAGGCCGUGAUGUGUCUCCUAGAGAAAGCACGUGUUAGAUGAGCCUCGUUAGGAAAUAAAUAAUCAUUUAAUUCUGACACAGAAACGUUGUCCUGGGCUUGGGGCAUCUCCAUUUCCCAACUAUCAUUAACCUUGAAACACUGAAAAUGAUAAAGUUCAGAUGAUUGGAGAAAGGUACACUAUUAAGCUAAAGCAAGGAAACCUGUAACGUGGCUUUUCAGGGAGUGUAAUUUCCCUGCUUGUAAACUGUUUCGGGAAGGAAAGCGUUGUCUUGCCUCUGCAGCAGUGGCAAGCCCCAAAUGCCACUUUCCCUGUCGGCAUCUGGGACCAGGAGUGAUGCCCCAGCAGGGGUAUGGCACCAGGAAGCUCCGUCUCUGCCGGGACAGUGGCCCCUCUGAAGGGACGGCAUCACGGGCCGCCCUGUGGAUGCUCCAGGCAUGUUGCUGUUUGAGUGGUGCUUGUGGGGUCCUGCCCUGGAAGGGUGCACGUAGCCUGUGUGUGGGCUGUUUCCAUUAGGAGUGUGGGUUGCUUACACAGCCUCUUAUGACCAGAGAAGAAAUGUCCAGAGGGAGGAUUGACCUGUGUUAAAAUGUGCACGGGAUGUGUCCUGAUCAGGUGUGGUAAGAUGACAGAGUUGGAAACUGCUACCUUGAAAGAAGAGUUCUUGACUCACAGCUCCUGAGAGGAGGGGUGCACCACGCUGCACGGGGCCCACGAGGAGCGCCAGGGUCUGUCAGCAGGCCGAGGGUGAGGAGGAAGCGUGGCUGAACCUGUCUCGAGGCUCCUGGAGGACGGAGUGGGCCAGGUAGGGUGAGCACGUCUGGGCAGGCCUGGGGUCGGACAGCUUGGUCAUUUCAGCAGGCUCCGGGCUCUAGGGGUGGCUUCCAGUUGUCCAGUCCCUGGCCCUGGGGUGACUUCGGGCAGAGGAGACACUGGCCGGGGAGGGCUCGGGCUUGGCUGGUUUGCGUGUGAGUGGUGCACUCACAGGGAGCUAGCCAGCUUGCGGAGGGGUCUCUCCCCAGCCCACAGGCCCCCAGGAUGUCAGAACAUUACAGAAAAUAAACACUGUGGUUAAUACCCGACAGCACUGAGCAGUCUUCUCCACUGACUGCGUCUGGGCGUACACUGCAGAAAGUGCCCAGAUCCCAAACUGCGAGGGGCAAGCGUGGCGGCAGGCGAUGAGUGCGCCGGCCCCGUGACUGCAAGAAGCCGGGGCCGCAGGAGAGGCGGGUGCACGACGCCGCUUGCCCUUCCUCCUGCCUGCGCCCCAGCCUGAGCUCUCUAUGAAGUUAAGGGGCAGGAGCAGGAGUCUUGUGCUCAGACCAGGAGCUUUUGGGUUUGCUCCAUACUCUUACAGGAAGGAGUUACAGUGGUUUGUAAGGGUACAAGAUGGGCCAGGAGUCAGACAGACGAUGUGAAAGGAAGGAGCCUGGGACAUGACCCUGGAUGUCCUCCACAGUCCCUGGAAUGCCGGUGCUGGGACGGCUGAUCCCUGACAGCCCUGCACCUGCCCCAGGCACCUCACCACAAGUGCAGAUGCCGUCUAAUAGCUGCAGGCACGCUGCACAUUUGAUGUGAAAAGAGACAAAACUGAAUACAGGAUGCACCCAGCUCACCUUUCGUUUCAUUCAAAGGGCAUAGAACUUUGCUUCCUCAGAGCACAUGGAAGGAGCUCCCAGGCUGCUGGACACGUGGAGCUGGGGAGUGGCCGCUCAGAGAUGGGGGGAAGCUCAGUGCCCUUCCUGGUCCCUCGCCCUGUGCACCUCUUCCAACUGGCUGUUCCCGGGUUACAUCCUGUCAUAGUAAACCAGUGACCUGCAGGUGGAGCUCAUUAGCAACCAGAUGUCCUACAACUUAAACUUACUGAAGACAGAACAAAGGGACUCUGACUAUGGAUAUCUUAGAAAGGGCCCUCUGAGCAGCCAAAGAACAAAGCUGAGGAUGACCGAAUAUUAAGCAUGUGAAAACAGCCAAUAGGAAAGAAAAAUUGACAGUCUUCCAGGGGAGCACUGCCCACGAAAGUUACUUUUAGUCUUGAAAAACUUCAUGUUCUUCAAAAGGGUUUUUCUACCUUGAGUUUUCCUCUGAUGUCUUGGCCUUCCAAGUCCUAUCAGUAAAGUUCAGAAUACCUAAAAUUUUCUUACGGCAUCUUCUGUUCAAGAAUUUGUGAUACGUAUAGUUUUCUGUUGUUUUUUUUUUUAAUAAAAAGAGUAAGUAGUUUUCAUCAUAUGUUUUAAAAAGCAUAUUCAAGUCAUCACCAUCAAAACUGUGACGUAUCUAAGCUCUAGAGUAAAAGAUGGGGAAAGCCUGAGCAAGUGAACUGCCCCAUCGUCUACCUGCCUGUGGGCUCGACACCAGCCUGUUGAGACGUGUGGACACCCGUAUCCGAAGGUCGCGUUUCAGAAUUUGCUCAACACUUAAUUGAAGGUUAUCAAAGCUGUGUAGAAUGGAACACUGGAAAGAAUAAUGCAUCAUGUGACAAAGUAGAGCUCAAAUUUGCCUUUUAAAGACAUCUAUCAGAUGAAAUUUGACAGGAAUACACACAAACUCCUGUGUUUGAGAUUUAAAAUAUUAAUAAGCUACAGGAUUGUGGGUUAGGUGAAAAGGGUCUGGUGGUCCCACUGAGUUCUGGCUGAGCUGAGGCGGGCACGCUGCUGAGGCUGUGGAUGGGAGCUGCGGCUUGGCGGGGGUGGCUGUCACUCUGGCUCCGGACCCUGGAGCCGAGUUUAAACAGGACUUCGAUGGUAGGGGACGAUGCCCUGGGAAGGGUUGGCUAAUCCUGUUGUGAGACACGCAGGGGAAGCUGCAAGGUUGUUCCGUGGUAGAGGGGAGCUGAGACCAAGACCGGCAGCAGCAGCUGAGGAGGAGGCCUGAGCUCCCCGCCUGGGGCACCUGCAGCUCCCCACUUGUCACCCGCCUGCAGGCUUCUCUCCAGGACCCCUCAGCACAAGAGGCCACUCAAGCCACAGCCCUGUGGGCAGGGUCCACGCUUGCGCACAGCCUCCCCUCCCGGUGCCUCACUGCGCUUGCUCCUGCGGCUGCAUCAGGGCUCACGCUCGUCCCGCUGCUCCCGCCUCUCCUGGUGAAGAGCCCACAUGCCCAUAACCCAGUCCCCAAGGCCCUGAAAUGUGAGCGUCAGCCUCUCGGGGAGAGCCACGGUCCUCGAGACCUGCUAGGCAAGAGUGAAGCACGUGUCGAUCCUCCAGCAGUGGACUGCUGUUCAGGUUUGCCCCAAAGUCGAAGGCAGACGUUCUUGCUGCUCAGAGGAAGGAGAAGACAAGCAGCAAACGCAGGAGUGGCUUUGAGGCUCUUUCUCACCCUGUGCCUGAGAAAAGCAGAGAAGAAACAGAUGCGGAGCCAAGAAACCAGACAGGCAUUGGGCAUUAGGAUCACUGGAAAAAAUCCGGGUUUGAGGGUGAGUGGCAGAAGCAGAAAGAAGACAAGACACGAUUCUCUGCAUACAAGGAGGGUGGAGCCCCGGGUCAUCCAGGUCCGACAAGCGGAAGAGGCAAUGUGCUGCAGAGAAGGGCUUUCCAGCCAUUUGACUCUUAAACCUGCCACCCUAGGUUCAGUGCUUGGAUCUGACACUUGGUGGCGGAGUGGCCUCUGCUCCGUUUUCUCCGUGGUCGGGAUACUGGUAGCAUCUACCUCAGAGGUCACUGGGAGGACUGCCUGGGUGGCACGUGUGGCAGCACUUAGCAGAGCCUGGCACAUGGUAUGUGCUCCACGAGUCCCAGUUCUCGAUGCUGCCUUCCUAGGGCUUUGGUUUCAGUGACAAGUAAAGGGACUGAGGGGGGCAGUUGGUUCCGUCAUGUCCUUUGGUGGAGAUGCACACAGUCUACCUCGUGAGGACGUGCAGAGCAGGACUGUAGGUGCCCCUGGCUGGAGCUGGCUGGGCCUCUGCAGGGUGGGCCCACAGACGUGACUGAAUUGUGCACGUGGCCAGGUUUUCAUGUCUUUGGGACAUGAAGAUGAAAGGAGGAGAUCAAAGUCUGCCUGUUAGAAGUGAAAUUUGUUGAUCAGAACCCAGAGCACCAAGGAUACACCUGAAGAGCCUUAUUUAUGCAAACAUCUCUGCAACCCCAAAAUAAACCCUGUUGGGAAAGCAGAAGCACAAACAGCCUUCUCUCUCAGGUUUUGUCUUUGGAACACGAGUACCCCUGUGUGGCUCUUCUGCAUUAAUUUGAAUACCGUCCAGCACUAGACUUGAAUAAAACCCGAACAGGAAGCUGAAUGCUGACAAGUUGUUUUCAUUCUGGAAAGUGAAGCUUAGUGUGAUUCUUAGGUGUGGACUCCUUAUACCCUCCUAUGUUGAGAUUCCCAAGCUGCGGCCACAGUCCACCCGGUUAAGCUGGUCAUGGGGUCUCAGGAGCCCCCUCGGAGGAGAUGGGACUCAGACAUCCAGGAUAAACAGUAUGGAGGAGAUGAAACGAUUCAACAGAGCAUCACACAGUCCAAGGCCAGUGGUCAACAAAGACCCACCAGGUCCCGUUAAGGACGUCUCUGUUUUGUUUCCAAACCUCCCCCCCCCAGCUUGGCUCGUUUGCAGGCCUCAAGCUCCACGUGCUCGGAUACAUUGCCUUGUGUUUCUGGGUGCCUCCUGGGCGUUUCUGAUGCUCCUGUCUUGCCAGACCGAGACCAGAACUCACACUCAUGCCCUCAGAGGCUGAAGAGAUGACGUCUCAGUUCUGCAUGAAAAUUCAUGGUGCUGCAGUAGCAUUCACGUUGAAGAAACAUGCCUUCUGCUUGCAUUGGGAGGAACCCCUGCUUUGCAGUGGUAACAGCACCAAACUGGCCAAGUCUAGUAGGAUGGCAGCAGAAUUCCAGCUUUCCUAGAUCUCGGGGCACCUUCCCUUUUUAAGCCCCCCCCUCCCCCAACACACACACUCUCAGUGCAGUGUCUUAGUGCAAGAGUCUUGGUAGCCUUCCCUGCCACCAGGCCUUGGUUUCUGAAACUCUGAAUCUUGGUGCGACGAGGGUCGGAGGCAGAGUGGAGGGAAUCAUGCUUCUUUCCCUUCUAGAACAGGAACUAUGCAGAUUGGCCCAUCUUCCAGAUUUCGGCCAUGCGAGGUGUCAGGAGUGAAUUCUCUGUCCCCCAGGUGCAGAGGGCAGAUGGAAGGUACUGUCACAUUCCCCUGGGGGUGGGUGCUUGGGUGCCCAACGACUCACCUCUAGAAACAUCCAAGCAGCAGCUUCUUUUCCCUGAGAAAACUUAAGCUCUGUCUAACCAGGCACUUUGCUGGCCAUGCUGUGUGGGAAGCAGUUCUGACUCAGCCUUUCACCGUCUCCCCUUACCCUCCGUGAAGUGCACACAGGUAAUCAGACCAGUGUUAAGAGAACUCCCUUCCCUUCACAGCUCUGAGGAAUCUUUGGUGGAAGAUGGAUGUGGGGCGUCUCAUUGUGCCACAGAAUCCAAGAUGGCAUGCAGUCACUGUACGACUGCUGCUGAGAUCAGAAUCCAAGUGUUCCUGGUAAAUGUGGAAGCAACCUAACUUACAUCUAUUUUUAAAAA